AUGCCAACCGCAAUCGUGACAGGUGCCACAGGUAUUCUCGGACGAGAAAUCGUCAAGGAGCUCUGCAGCCACCCAGAUGAAUGGUCAAAGAUCUACAGCCUGUCGCGGUCAAAGAAGGAGGAUUUCGGUCCUCGGGUUGAACAUGUCCAUCUUGAUCUCAACGCAGCCGCCGAGGACAUGGCGCAGGACUUGAAGGAUCUCAAGGCCGACUAUGUCUUUUUUGCUGCAUAUUUGCAAAUGGAUUCCGACGAGGAGAACACCCGCGUCAACGGCGACAUGCUGGCCGCGUUCUGCAAGGCUCUCGAGAUCAAUGGCAAUGCUUCCGGCGUGAAGCGUUUUGUCCUUGUUUGCGGAGCCAAGCAAUAUGGUGUCGCUCUCGGCCGGACCAAGGUUCCCAUGGUUGAAGGAGAUCCCUGGAUGCCAGAGCCACCCUUCCCUCCCAACUUUUACUACCGCCAACAGCACAUUCUCCACGACUUUGCCAAAACCCACGCCAUCGAGUGGAACGUAACCUACUCCAACGAGGUGCUCGGUUUCGCCAAGGGCAAUUUCAUGAACUUUGCCAGCGCCAUUGCCCUCUACGCGGCCGUGUCCAAGGAAAUGGGCUCGGAGCUCGUGUUUCCCGGCUCCGAGGGCUUUUACAGCAACAAUGUCACCGUCUUUACCGACGCCGGCCUGCACGCGCGCUUUUGUCGCUGGGCCGCCCUCGAGCCCAGGGCGGCCAAUGAGGCGUUCAACGUUGCCAAUGGCGACGUCGAGUCGUGGAUGAACCUGUGGCCGCGCGUGGCAAACUACUUUGGCCUUGCCGUCCCCGCGGACCAGUUCCUGCGCCCCGCGCCGCUGGCGGCCGAGAGGGCGCUGGUUCCUCAUCCGCCGCUGUCAGUCCAAGCUGAUGCCAUCGGCUUGAAGAAUCGUGCCCCGCAGAGCUACGUUCGCCAGCGGAUUAAUCUGGUCAGGUGGGCAGAACAAAAAGAUGUGCAAGCGGCCUGGAAGAAGUUGAGCGAACGUGAAGGUCUCGAUGCUUCGGCGCUAGAAAAGGCCUCUUGGGCAUUUGCCGACUUUGCCUGGGGCCGUGACUACAAUGUUGUGUUGAGCAUGAGCAAGGCACGAAAGUUAGGAUGGACUGGUUACUACGAUAGCUGGGAUAAUCUGGAGGGCAUUUUUGAAAUGCUGAAGGAUGAAAAGAUUAUUCCCAAAUAG